AUGGUUUCGUGGAGUGAUGACGGAUCCAACUCCUCCUCGUCUGGUGGCGACUCCGCCAGCAGUCCGGCUCCUCGCACCAUUGACUGCUCCGAUUGGAGCAGCCUUGCAGUAGAUCUACCUGUUAGAUGUGAGCACCAAGCAAUGUGUGAGAAGUUGGUUGCCUUUGAGUCUGUUGACAGUGGAGGAAGAUUCGUGGGUUGUGCACAAAAGGAUGGGCCUAAAUGCCCCUAUGUGCAUUGGGUUGAGCUAGAGCGGCCUCCUCAAUUGAAGAUGAGUCUAGCUAGGGUCUUGGACAUGUAUGAAGAGGUGGUCAACCUCAGGCUCAGGCAAAAUGUUGUUAAUGCUGAAGAAAACUUUAAGAUAUUGGGAGAGAAGAAAAAGAUGGAGCAAGAUCUGAGGUUUUUUAAACUAGAUUUUGCUAAGAUGGUGGCUGACAAGGAGCAGGCAAUUACUGAAUCGGGCAACACAAGGCUAGCUCUCUCUGACCUAAAGAUAGAACUCGAGAAGAAGAAAAUGUUUGAUAAAUCUCUGACCAACAUUCAUCAGGUGGUAAGGGCUAAAGCAGAGAAAGAGAGGGAUGAGAUGAAGCAAGAGAGGGACAAAAUGAUGGAAGAGAGGGACAAAUUGAAGGAAGAAAGGGAUCAGUUGAAGAAAGAGAUAAAGAAGCUAGAGUACAUGAUUGGUGACUUGUUCAAGCAUAAGGAAGACACCAAGUGCAAGAUAAGGAAGGACAGGGAGAUGCUAGAUGAAUGUGAGUGA